AUGGCGCCGGACGAGGUCCUCAAGCAGCAGCUCAAGCACCUGUUCGGGGAGUCCGACAGCCAGGGGAGCGAGCCGGACGCCGCGGGCGCCGCCGGCGUUCUCGGCGCCCCACCGCGAGCGCCGCCGCCCGCGUCGAUGCAGCCGCGCAUCGACGCAGCCGCCCGACCGCCGCCGCCCGCGAACCGCGCCGAUUGGAACCCCUCCGGCGCGGAGCCGGCGCCAGCUGUGUCGCCGGCUGCGUCGCCAGCUGUGUGCGUCCAAUCCGAACCCGCGCGGCGGCUCAGGUACGUGGUCCCGCCCAAGGAUGCCGACAAGGAGAACGCGCUCGGGGAAAAGGCGCCGGGGAAUACGAACGGAACGCGCGGGUCCAAGCCGAGGUCCAAGUCCGGGUUCAACCAGCGGGACCCGAACCAGCGGACGCUCUCGCAGGCUUUCCGGGGCGAUGUUAACGGCGACGGCGACGGCGACGGCGACGGCGACGGCGAGGCGAGGCGCGCGGCGGCCGCCAGGUGGACGGACCCGACGCCGAGGGACGCGUCGAGGGCGGGGGGACCCGACGUUCGAGCGCCGGCUUCCAAGAGGGUCCGGAGGGCGAAGGCCCCCGCGAAGGCCCCAGCGGCGGCGGCGACAUCCGGAGCACGCGACCGGAGACGACCGGAGACUCUGAGGUGCACCGACGCCGCGAAGGACACGAGCGACGCCGCCGUCCUCGCGGAGUUCGAGGCCAUGAGCGCCAACGCCGCGGCGUGCGCCGUGGGGGUGCUCACGGUGGACGUCGUCGGCGACGCGUCCUUCGGGCAUCGCUCCAACCUCCGCCCCGAUUAUACAUACUCCGGGGGCAAAGACGCAGCCGACGACGCUCGGCGAGCGGCGAAGGAUUGGCUCGACGCGCUCCCGGCGGGGCACCCGAGGAAGGAAGUCGGGUGGGGUGGCGCGAUCGAGCGAAAGGCGGUGGCGUUCGGGGUGGUGUUCCUCGGACGUGAAAUCCCGGACGUCGCGGGUUCGAAUCCCGCCGGGGGCGCGAUGUACGUGUUUCGCGUCGACGCAAGCGACGGGCGCGUCGCGACGAGGGAGCAGAGCGACGCGCUGGUUCGCGCCGUGGGGUUCCACAAGCGCGCGGUGGACGGCACCCGUGACGGCACCCAGGACGGCACCCUGUGUCGACCGAGGCCCGUCGUGGUGCAUCACGCGCAGGCGGUGACGCGGGAACUCGCCAAGGCGCGAGUGCACGUUGACCCGCACGCGCUGGAGGUGAUGGACACGCGGUGCAUGGCGUGGCUGGCGGCGCCGGAUGACGCGCACGAGGGGGGAAUCGCGGCGGUGACGUCGCGGUUCAACGGGGUUAACGACGGUUCAGGGGGGGCGACGACGACGAACGCAUUUGAUCGCGUGGGAGCCGGCGACGAGACGAGCGACGACGUCCUCGGCGGGCUCCGAGCCGAUAUCCUCGCGUCCGCCUCGCUCGCGCAGCGCCUUCGCGCCACCGCGGGGCUCGACCCGAACGUGGUCCGAACCGAGGGUAAGGUGGCGGCUGCGCUGGGUCAGAUGGAACACGUCGGCUUGGGCUUCGACCCGUCGGCGGUGCGGGCGGCGGUUGGGGACUUGCGACGUAAACUCGCGGGUAUCGAGGAGUCGGCGGCGGCGGCCAUGCCCGACGGCGCGCGCGUGAACCUCGCGUCCCCGCAGCAGGUCGCCGAGGCGCUGUACGGCACGCUGAAGCUCCCGCCGCCAUCCAGUAACGCGCAGCAGGGCGCGAAGACGGCGCAGUUGACGACGAAGGACGACGCGCUUCGAAGCCUUCGGGACAAGCGAUUACACCCGCUGCCCGGUUUGGUGCUGGAGUAUCGAGCCGUGUCCAAGACAAUCGCCAUGUGCAACUCGUACGCGUCGAUGGCCCGCGGGAAAAGGCUGCGAUGCGACUGGAACAACACCAGGACCGCGACGGGGCGGCUCUCGUCGACCAACCCGAACAUUCAGGCUGUCGGGAAGGACGAGACUGGCGAGUUUUCGCUGCGCCGGGCGUUUUCGGCACCCCCCGGAAAAGUUUUGCUCGCCGCGGAUUACUCGCAGAUCGAACUUCGAAUGCUCGCGCACCUCGCCGGCGACCGCGGGCUCGUCGCCCUGCUUCGCAGGCAGAUCACCGACGGCGGGGACGUCUUCGAGAGGAUAUGGAACGCCGGUCGCGGCGCACCGCCCGAGACGCCCGUCGCCAAGGAGGACCGAGACCGAGCCAAGCGAACCGUCUACGGCCUCCUCUACGGCCAGGGUAAGACGGGCCUGGCGGAGAAGCUCGGAUGCACCGGCGACGUCGCGCAGGGACUGAUCAACGCGUUCUUCCGCGCGUUCCCCGGCGUGCGCGCCUUCGUGACGCGAACGAAGGAGCGCGCGAGGGUGGAGAAAAGGGUCGUCUUGCCGUCGGGGCGACACCGCCCGCUGCCAGGCUUUGCGAGUGCGGACCAACGGGAACGCGCCGGGGCCGAACGCAAGGCGGUCAACUCGCUCAUACAGGGGAGCGCCGCGGAUCUGAUGAAGAUCGCGAUGUGCCGAUGGCUCGCCGCGGCGUCCCCGGUGGGAUUCGAACCGACGACGACGGAACACGCCGACGUCGCUUCAACCGCCGCGACGCUCCCCGCGCGCCUCGUCGCGCAGAUACACGACGAGCUCCUGUUCGAGUGCGAGGAUUCGCCCACGGCGGUGCGCGCGGCGGCGCAGGUGGUCGCCGCGUGCAUGGAACGCGCGGUGCCGCAGCUCGCGGUGCCGACGCCCGCCAAGGUCAGCGUGGGGCGGACGUGGGCCGAGUUGGAGCCGCUGGGGGAGUGGCUGGCGCGGCGAAGCGGCACCCUCGGGGGCGACCCCGACUGA